AUGGAAGUCUUCUGCGAUAUGGUUAAUGGGGGGUGGACCAUCAUUCAGAAACGAAUGAAGGGACGUGAAAAUUUCUACAGAGAUUGGAAGGAUUAUAAAGCCGGCUUUGGAAGAAUCUUGGACGAGCAUUGGAUAGGAAACCAGGUGCUGCACCAGAUAACGAACCAGGAACAUUACAAAUUACGAAUCGAGAUGACAGACUGGCAGCGAGCCACACGCACCGUGACUUACGACAGAUUCCGAAUCUCAAACGAAGAAGAUGGUUUCAGGCUGUUCGUCGCAGGUUACAACAAAAGUCCAGCCGGCGACUCGCUCAGGAAGCACAACAGAAAAAAAUUCUCCACCAAAGACGUCGACAACGACGAUGAUGAAACUCACUUUGGAGGUAGUUGCGCCCAGAAAUUCACCGGAGCCUGGUGGUACUACAACUGCUACAAGUCCAACUUGAAUGGGGUUUUUUAUCCCAAUGGUAAAGUCCCUGCCGAUAAAUUUAAUGGGAUUGUUUGGAAAACAUGGACAGGAGCCAGCAGUUCUUUAAAAAAAGUUGAAAUGAAAAUUCGGCCAGCUAGAGCUGAUGACGUCUACUUGUAA